AUGUGUGGAACUAAUAAAGCUCCUGGACCAGAUGGGUAUAAUUUGGAGUUCUAUAAAGUUUGCUGGGGAAUUUUGAAGGUAGAUGUCAUGGAUGCUAUUAAUGAAUUAUUCUGUAAAGAAAAACUUAAUGUGGUGAUGCCUGGUUUGAUUUCUAAUGCUCAAGGGGAUUUUGUGAAGGAUAGACAGAUUCUUGAUGGCAUCCCAAUUGCCAAUGAGUGCGUCGAUAGUAUACUGAGACAAAAGAAGCCUGGAAUCAUAUAUAAGAUUGAUAUGCAGAAAGAUUUUGAUAACGUAAGUUGGCCUUCUCUUUUUUCUAUUUUGGAAAAGAAUGUUUUUCGCAGAAAGUGGAUUCAAUGGAUAAAAUGGUGUGUCACUGCUUCCCAAUUAUCUAUCCUGGUUAAUGGUGAAGCUGCAAAUAUGAUUAAACCUUCAAAAGAGGUUCUUUCUCUUCUUGUUAAUGAUGUUGUUUCUCAAAAUAGAAUUAGUGGAUUUCAGGUGGUGAAGGGAGGCACUGUUGUGUCUCACUUGCAGUUUGUUGAUGAUACUAUCAUCUUUUUGAAUGCUUCUAGGGUGGAGGUUAGAAGGCUGCUUAUUUUUCUUUUUAUGUUUGAGGUUCUCACUGGUCUUAAGUUAAAUUUAGAAAAAAGCUCAAUGAUAUGUGUUGGUGAAGGUGAGUUAGUUGAGGAUUUGGAAAUAGGAUGUAAGACGGAGUUUCUACCAGUUACUUACUUAGGUAUGCCUAUAGAAGCAGGUAGAAGAAGUAUUGUAAUCUGA